AUGGUAUUUGAUCGCUACCCAGUUACUCCACCUGCAGCAGACACUUUUGCCACCAAAGCCCUUCGUAAUAAUGCCAGAGGCUGGAAUCUUGACAAGGAGGCUCUUGAGCGCUUUAAAAUUCGUGAGAUUUGUGAAGGGUGGGGCAGCCACCGUGAAGCCGCUGAAUGGGAGAAUUACCGUUCCAUGUUUUUCGAUGAUGCGUAUAUCGCAACAUCGUGGAAACAAGGAAACAUCGAUAAAUUCAUUCUAGCAUCCAAGGAGGGGUUUGCCGAGAGCUCUUCCUUCAUGUACAUCAUACACCGUAUCUGUGGUACCUCUGUUGAGGUUAAUCCUGAACUCUCGCGUGCGGUGUGUAAGAUGGUUACAAUCACCUGUCGCUUCACCUUCGAUGACGUGGAGAUGGAUAAUGAAUCCGAUAGUCGAUUUUUCUUCCUUCUCGAGAAACGUUGGGGCCGCUGGGGUGUCUGUUUCCUAACCCUGUUGUUCGAUAAGGAUAAAUUCAUUCUUGUUAAUCCCGCUAGGAUCUUCCAUAUUCCUGAAGAAGAGGUCGACAAGUUCCCUUCAGGUUACCGCUAUCUCGCCUGGGCCGAGGUCAAGAUCGGCCAUCCUCCCAAGUUGAACCUGAACAGUCAUGGCCCGGAGCGAGAUAUACUGUAUGGCAAGUGCAAGGAUUGGCUAGACGGAAAGCGGGUUGUUCCUGGUCUCACUGGUCUUGACAUGCCAAAGUCCAAGCUCUAG